AUGGCGUUACUGCACCGCAUGUCGGGUGAAUGCAUUAAGUCUGAGUUAGACUUAUUUACGGUUCCACUAACACAAACGGUUAUUGAGAAAAACGGCUAUUUAGAAGUACCGCCUUUAUCGGCUAUAUCGGACUCGGCCCCUUUGGAGUUUUUCAUAGCGGGGAACGGCGAAGAUUAUGUGGAUCUAAAUAAUACAUUAUUAUAUCUCAAACUUAAAAUCACGAGACCUAACGGAGCAGACAUUGCAGACCCUGCGAGGGUUGCUCUGAUAAACUACCCCGGAGCCACUAUAUUCUCACAAGUUGAUGUGAGCCUCGGCGAUCGACUGAUAUCCCAGAGCUCGAGCACGUACCCUUACCGAUGCAUUAUAGAGAGCCUGAUCAACUACAGUAAAGAUGCGCUGGAAUCACUAUUCUCAGCCGGUCUGUUUUUCAAAGACACCGCUGGUCAUAUGGAUGUGAAUGACCCCGUGGGUCGUAACGGGGGUUUGACGAAGCGAUCGCUCUACACGAGUGGUAGUAAGGUGGUGGAGUUGUUGGCCCCUAUUCAUAGUGAUAUCUUCUUUCAAGAAAAAUUAAUCUUAAACGGGGUUGACAUCAAAAUACGCAUGACCCGAAGUCAAGACGAAUUCUGUCUGAUGAGGUGUGAUGACGUGGCGUACAAAUUAAAUAUUGUGACGGCCUCCCUAUACGUCAAGAAAGUCUCUGUAUCACCUCCUGUGAGACUGGGGCAUGCCCAGGCGUUGUUAUCGACUACCGCCAAGUACCCCAUAGACCGGGUAUGCCUAAAAAAUUUCUCCAUACCUGCCGGGGCUCGUGUAUCAAAUCAAGAAAAUCUGUUUUUAGGAACGCUACCAAAAUCUAUCGUCCUAGCUAUGGUCGAUAACGACGCAUUCACAGGGUCCUACGAUAAAAACCCCUUUGCGUUCAAACAUUACGAUUUGGAGUUCCUAGCGGUCUACGUUGAUGGACAACAAUUCCCGGCCAAGCCUCUACAACCGAAUUUUGAAGCCGGAUUAGCAGUUCGUGAAUUUUAUCAGCUUGCAAUGACGACCGGAAGACAUCUUAAGAACCAGGCCCUGUCUAUCGACAGGAAUGAUUUCCUCAAUGGGUACACACUUUACGCCUUCAACCUCACGCCUGAUGAAGACUGCGGUCAGCAUAUAUCCCUCGUCAAGUCCGGGAAUAUCAGACUCGAAGCCCGGUUCAGACAACCGCUGCCACACACUAUUAACCUGAUCAUUUACGCAGUGUUUGACAGUAUCGUUGAAGUGUCUAACCGUAGACAGGUCCUGGUCGAUUACUACUGA